UAACAUCUCAUACAAAUACAAAACGUUGCGCAACACGGUAGGAGUCGCGUCCUCUUUUCUUGUAGUGAGCUUGGGCUGCCUGUGUUUACAUGAGUCUGCUCUAUUUAACCUUAGUUGCCUAAUCAGAGAGAGCAGAUGUUAUGUAACAUAAUGAAUAUGUUCUGAUAAUUAAUUUUUUCCGCGAUAGUUAAACUCUUAUUUACUUCGCUUUAAAAAAAUGAGGGUUGCAAUAAUAGGAGCUGGAGCUAGUGGUCUUACCUGCAUAAAAUGCUGCAAAGACGAAGGAUUAGAACCGGUAUGUUUCGAACAAGAGGACUCCAUUGGAGGACUGUGGUAUUUUACCGAGGAGGAGCGACAUAGCUCCGUAUACAGGUCAACGGUAAUUAACACCAGCAAGGAAAUGAUGUGCUUUUCGGAUUUUCCAAUCCCUAAAGAAUAUCCCCCGUUUAUGCAUCACCAAUUGAUCAUGAAAUACCUCCAUUUGUACGCGAAAGAAUUCGAAUUGUACAGAAACAUUCGGUUUCGCACUAAGGUGGUUGACCUCAAGAAAGCGCCAGAUUUUGAUGAAAGCGGGAAAUGGGAAAUCCUCUUUCAAGAACUUGACGACAAGAAUCCCAACGCAGUGAAGAAAGAAGUGUACGAUGCUGUGAUGCUUUGUGUGGGUCACCACUCAGAUCCUUCGUGGCCAACCUUUCCCGGUAUGGACGGAUUUUCAGGGCGUAAGAUCCACAGCCAUGCAUACAAAGACUUUAAACCAUUUGAAAACACGAAAGUCUUAGUGGUUGGUAUAGGGAACUCUGGUGGUGAUAUUGCUGUGGAACUCAGUCGUCACACUAAACAAGUCUUUCUCAGUACUCGCAGAGGGGCUUGGGUCCUGUCCCGCAUGGGGAAGGGAGGCGAGCCUUUGGACCAGCAGGUCAACAGGCGUUUUGGGACUCUUUUGCCAAACUCCCUUCGAACAAGUCUUUUUAAAAAAAUGUUAAAUGAGAGAUUUGAUCAUGAAGUUUUUGCACUGCAGCCUCAACAUCCAAUUGCUGGUCAGCAUCCAAUGGUCAAUGAUGCACUGCCUCACCGCAUAAUCAUUGGAAGUGUUGUCAUUAAACCUAAUGUGAGCUCUUUCACCGAAACUGGAGUUAUCUUUGAUGAUGGUACCCAAAUAAAUGACUUGGAUGCUGUGAUCUUCUGCACAGGGUACAAGAUAGGAUUCAGGUUCAUUGAUCAAUCAAUUCUCCCAGUUAGUGACAACAAAGUUGAUUUGUACAAAUAUGUGUUCCCACCAAACCUUACCAAACCAACCCUUGCUGUUAUUGGAUGUGUGCAACCUCUUGGUGCCAUUUUCCCUCUGUCAGAACUCCAGGGACGGUGGGCAACCCGAGUGUUUGGUGGGAAAACACCCCUUCCCUCUAAGAAUGCCAUGAUGGAAGAUGUUGAAAUGAAAAGAGAGGCCAUGCAAAAUAGAUAUUAUACUUCUAAACGCCACACAAUUCAGGUUGACUACAUCCCCUAUGCUGAUGAAUUGGCAAAUCAGGUUGGUUGCAAGCCAAACUUGGUAAAGCUCUUUUUCAGUGAUCCUACACUAGCCCUGAGGUGCUUUUUUGGACCUUGUACACCAGUCCAGUAUCGUCUAAUGGGCCCUGGUGCAUGGAAAGGAGCUAAAAAAGCUAUUGAAGAUGCUCCAGGAAAUGUGAUUUAUGCAACAAAGACUCGUGUCUUGCUAAAGAAGGAAGAGCAGGCACCUAACACCCCUGCUGUGUAUCUGAUGUUUUUAGUUUUGUUUGUGGUGUUGGUUUCCAUUUUCUUACAAUUCUGCAGAACACUUGAGUAAUUCAGAGUGAGAGGUCACCACAGAGUGCACAUGACUUCAAAGAAUAAUUCAUAAUUUAAGGAGGUAUGUUCUGUUUUUUUUAACUUAAAAAACUUGCUGCCUUGUUUUAAACAAAACAAAACAAAGAAACAAAACCCUAAAAUAACAUGACACAAGAUAGCCAUAUGUAACAUAGAUAAUUUGUGCCUUCUUAUUUCCAAUCUUCACAAUUUUCAGACAGCCUUUAACUUGAACAUUUGAACCUCCAAAUGCUGUAAACCAUCACCAACAGAUAUCAUGAUAUAGUUAUAGCGCUAGGCGUGGUGUUGGAUUAGUGCAUUGGUCCUAGAGUUGUAUUUCAUGUAGGGUGUACUAGAGUAACAGUAGCAGUUUCUGCAUAGUCUUGGUCUGGUGGAACCCCUAGAUACUGUAAUGUACUUUUCAUUAUUAUGUCUCCCAGAGAGAAUUGCAUCAUUGAAUAAAGUCUCGCAUUUGAUUGGUUAA